AUGUCCGUCCAGGAGAAUACUGGUUGCAGCAACGCCGGGUCCUAUGUAGCUGCUUCAUGGGCAUUGUCAAUGAUAGCAGCCCUGACCCUGCUGGCCCGAUACAGCAUCAAAUCCUGGAUCCGCUGGGCCAUCCCCAAAGUUAGCUCGCCGGAGCGCCUAUGGGGGAUCGAAGACCUCUUUUACUUCCUCAGUUAUAGCUUCGAUCUCACGCAGAUGGUUUUGUUCCAAAAGAGCUUUGACUCCGGACUCGGGUGUCCCGCAUCGACCUUGAUUGGGUCCCAAAUCAGUGACAUCUUGAAGUAUUCGUAUACCGGCCAAAUCAUUGAGGUCAUUGCUUCGACGCUCGCUCGGAUUGGAAUCAUGUGCUUUCUCCUGCGGUGCUUCAACGGGGCUGACACGCGUCUCCGUGUCACCAUCCUGAUUUGUAUCGCGGUGCAAAUCAUUGUCAAUUUGGCAACGGACUUACAGGUUCUUUUGAUGUGCGGUUCCAGAACUUCUCACUCGGCCAACCGACUUGCGUAUUUCCACUACAUUUGGGAUCCCCUCCCACCGGAUGGGUCUGUUGUGUGCCAGCAACCCACCUCGCAACUGGUCACCGUAUUUGUCCAAGGAGGUAGUUCUCAACCCGCCUCUUUCGCAUCGCUGUUGCUAAAUCCGCAGCUAGGGUUGAACACCGCGCUCGAUUUCUUCUUGGCUGUUCUUGCCGGGGUGCAGCUCUGGCGCUUCCCACUGGCCCGUAAAGAUGGCAGUCACUCGUUUAUUUCGCGCUUCAAGAAGCUUCCUCGGGGGGCUCGCAACCGGCGCUUGUGGCAAACUGCUGCAAUCAGUGGACCGCUGCUCCUCUCGGGAAUUGCAUCCCUGGUCAAGACGACCCAACUCUAUACGGUGAAUAGCUUUGAUGCCAUGGCUGAUGCUAUUGCACUAUUCAUUCUAUUAGUGAAAAUUGAGAACGCCUGCCUCUUGAUCGCUCCCUGUGCACCUGUAUUCCGAUUACUGUUUUCGUUGGUGUUGAAGACCGGCGCCCAAAAUUCAGGAUACCCCUGGUAUGGCAAUCAGUCGGGUUCAGGCGGCCAAGCGCUGGAGUUGGAGACCGUCCCACAUACUCAAGUGCAGGGAACUGUGGUUAUGUCAACGAUGGACAAAAACACGCGAAGCGAACCGAGUGAAGCUGUAAUCAUUCGAACCGAUAUCAUGGUGGAAUAUGGCUCGGAACGAACCGCUUAG